AUGUGGGAAGGCUUCUGGAAACGGCCAGUCGCCAGUCACUGGGAUGCUUCGAGAAUCAAACAACACUACUCGUGGGACAUGGUAGUACGGUACGGACGGAGUACAUUGUGUAGCAUCAUCGCACACAAAGUCCAGCCAAAUACGCUGGGGCGGCCCUCUCCAAUCCCUGAACCAUUCUGGAAUGUGUCCCAUCUGCUUCUCUUCUCCUCUCGCCGCCUCCGCCUCUCUGUCACCGCGUGCGUGAUCUGGAGAGCUCUGGAAACUGUUUCUCCUGUCUCUGAAUAUCUCUCCCGCCAUCACGAUCACGAUUCUUCUCCGGAUCUCCCUUCGCAGCCUCCAUUGCAGCAUUUACUACUUACUCUAUUUGUCACCAAGGAAAGCGGGAAGUCGCAUCGCACUCUCUCACCCUCGAUCAAUCAAUCCCUCGACAACUUCUGA